GCGAACGACCAGUGCGGACCUAUAGACAGCAGCGUACAGAGCACAGCUCGUUGCUGAUUAUCUCUUUACCUCGGAUUAGCUCAUUCGAGCUUAUACUUCUCCUUUUUUUUUUCUUUUGAAUAAUCGUUGACUUACAGCAUUGAAUUCGCCGCCGCGCCUCCGCUGUGUGUCAUCCGCAGUCGCUCAGAGUUUUUGCGACUCGACCACGCAUGCGUUCGUCCGCGAUCUCUAUUACACCUCUCUGUAGACGUCAAAACAUCUGUCAAAUUAACCCACAAAAUUUUGAUUUUGGUGCUGCACCGAGACGAGACAGAAGAAUCCGCUCCGCCGACUCGGCUUUGUUUACUUCCGAAUUUUUAGCUUCUGCUGCGCUCGCGGCGACCCACGGGCGAUAAAAGUAAAAGGACAGCAAGCAGAUCGAGCUUGCACACGUACUCGUGUUGGGUUCACUUUCUAUUUUAGAUACUCGGCGAGAAAUUUUUGCUAACGAGCACCCGUUAAUGAUGGCUAAUAACUUGAAGCAUUGCGUUUUGCUUCUCCAUGACAAUGAGGAACCUGUCAAGCAAGAGGCGGUCAAAGUUCUCCUUAAGAUGUGCAAUAAUAUUAUCAAAAAUCCCAAGGAUUCCAAGUACAGGAAAAUUUUCCUCAGCAAUGCUGUUGUAUCGAAAAAACUUCUUCCAGCCAACGGUGCUAUUGAGUGCCUUUUUGAAGCUGGUUUCAUAGAGAACGAUGAUGGAUUUUUAUUACCUCUAAACAAUUCUCUUACUGGAAUUAAAGAACUCUUUGAGCUUUUGAAUAACUUGUCAAAACCGAAAAGUGUGCCUACUUCUAUUACUAAACAGAAUUCUACCACAAUAGAUUUCGAAGAAGAAUAUCAUAAAAUAGGAUUUUUAACAGAAAUGAUGUUACACUUCAAAAAUGUAAUAAGAUUCGAAGAUAAAAAUCUCCAAGAAAAAGUCAAAUCAAUUGUGCCAAUAAUCAAGUUUGAAAUCAAUGCAAUGCAAAAACUUAGAAAUAUUCAAAAAGAAAUUAAAAUUACCAAAGUAGACGAUGACAUUGUGAUUGAAGAUUUGAUAUUAAGUGAAUUGAUGAGUUGGUUCAAAAACUCAUUUUUUCAAUGGGUCAAUAGCCCAGAAUGUGAUAAAUGCAGUGGUGAAUGUUCUUAUGAUCGUUCAAUAAAAUCUAAUAAUCCUUUAGUAUCAAGAAUUGAAAUUCAUAGGUGUGGAUCUUGUAACUAUGAGAACAAAUUUGUCCGCUAUACGCAUCCAGAACCACUAUUAUAUACUAGAAGAGGUAGAUGCGGAGAAUGGGCUCUAGUUUUCACACUUAUUUGUAGAACCAUGGGAUUUGAUGCUCGGCUUGUUCAUGAUUUUACAGAUCAUGUUUGGACAGAAGUUUGGUCAGUGGCUCAUAAUAGAUGGAUUCAUGCUGAUGCUUGUGAAAAUGUUAUGGACAGCCCUUUAAUGUAUGAAAAAGGUUGGGGAAAAAAAUUGAAUUAUAUUAUAGCAUAUUCACGAGAUGAAGUACAAGAUGUGACCUGGCGUUAUACACAAAAUUACAAAGAUGUAUUAAAUCGCCGAACGGAGUGCUCGGAAGAAACACUAAUCAAAUAUAUAGAUAAGCUGAACAAAAAGCGACAAAAUGCCUCAGAUUAUAGUGCCGUCAGAAAAAAUUUUGUUAUUAAACGCAGAGCACUUGAACUUGCUGAUAUGCUGACAGCACCUCCAGGCUGCAAAAAACCAUGUGAAGAAUCCAUUAAUGAAUCUCAAUAUGGUGGUAGAACUUCUGGAUCAUUAGCCUGGAGAUUAGCAAGAGGAGAGAUGGGAGGUGGGCCAAGUGAAAAAACUGUAUGGAAUAUUCCUACAGGAACAAAGGAGUUUGAGUUAACUUAUUUUAUUGCUGGUGAUAAAUACAUUGCUAAAGAUAUUACAAAUGAUAAAAUAUUGUUGGAAAAAAAAGGUUGGCAAAAUGGUGUUGAUCACACAGAAGGUGGAAUUUUUCGAAAAGAGGAAUUAGAUUGGAAAAUGGUUUACUUAGCAAGAUCAGAGAAAUCUUCCAAUGGGCUAAUCGUUUGGUCUUUUAAUGUUGAAGACAGUAAAAACAUGUGCAUAGAGAAGAUACAUUUCCAAGCUACUGUAAAAACUUUUAAUAAUGGUAAAGUUGUUUGGAAAGCCAAGGGUAUUAAUGAAAUGAAUAAUGAAAAAGAGUAUACUGUCAGCAUUCCAAAUUGUGAAAACGUAGAGGUAAAAGAUUUAAAAAGUGCAAUAAAGCUCAGUAUCAAUGCUUCACUUUAUGGUGGAGAAGGUGACUCUGCGUGGCAACAUGCACAACUAUUUAGAACCAGUUUAAAAGAAAAUAUUAAUGCUCCAUCAAUGGUUAUAAGAAUAAGUUUAUCGAAAAAGCUAAAAACAUAAUUAAUAACGAAGUUAUUUAUUGGUUUGUAGUACAAACUUUGUACAAAAUGUAAUAAAGAUAAUUCAUAAAUAUAUAUGCAAGUAAAUGAAA